AUGGCGAGCGGAAACAGCGGCUGGGAGCCCAACAGGUCUAACCAGCCUCCGCCGGCGCCACACGCGGCAGCGGGACCUUCGGGGUCAGCCCCGCGCGGACCCGCGCCUCUGCGCGGAGGCGCGAUCGGCGGAGCUGCGCCGCCGGGCGCAAGCUCCCGCGCAGCGGCGCAGCAGUUCAGCCGGCAGUUCACGUCCAUCAUGGCGCAAGCCAGCACGCGCCACGCGCACGCGCAAGCGCAGGCCGCCGGCGCGCAGAGCCGCGUCUUCGGCGGAGGCGCCGCGGGCGCGUCGCGGGUCUUUCCGCCGGGCGCGGGAUCGACGCGGCAGUUCCAAGCGGGAGGGGCUGGCGUAGGAAGCUUCGCGGCGGGAGUGGGGGGAAGCUUCGCGGGGGGUUCCUUCGCGGGUGCCAAUCCCACCAGGAUGUUCGCGGGGCGGACCAGAGUGCUUCCGCAGCCCGCGCCGGCAGCUGCGGCGGCGGCGGCGGCGGCGGCUGCAGCGGCUCCGCCUGCUGGCGCGGCGCGGGGACUGACUCCGCAGCAAAUGGCGAAGAUUGAGGACAUAUUUAGCGUGUUCGAUACGGACAAGUCGGGAUCUAUCGACAAAAUGGAGAUGAAAUUCGCCAUGGGUCAGCUGGGCAUCAACGUCAGUCAGGAGGAGUUCGAGGAGAUCUUUGCAACCAUGGAUCGCAACGGCGACGGGUCGAUAGAUUUUGAGGAGUACGUUGCGGUGAUGAGCGGUUACAUGGGCGAGCAGAACAUGCAGCAGGACCUGAUCGCCAUGUACCAGCUCUUCUCUGAUAAGCGAACUGGAAAGAUAUCGCAGCGCACGCUGAAGAGGGGCGUGCUGGACCUUGGGAUUGUCUUUUCGGACGACGAGAUCAGGGGCAUGUUCUACAGUGCUGACGUGGAUGGCAACGGCGAAAUUGACAUAGAUGAGUUUUCCCGCAUUGCUGAGGUGGCAGGGAUUUGCUGA